CUUUAAUUAAGUAUUUUAUGAGCUAGUCACUUCCUUCUCUUAGUAUAUCAUGUUGGCUGGGGAUUCCGGCUCUCAGUCCUGAUUGGACCAGCCAGUGGGAUGAUCAGGCCAGUAAGCGGAUUUAGGUGAAAGUCCUGGAGAUAGCUCUAGAUAGCAAGAAGAUAAUCAUGAUUGUGAGAGGAAUGAGCUCCACAUAGUGUCCCAAGAUAUGGCAUUUCACAGGCAUCGGAUAGUCGAUUGAGGCAUCCUCACCUGUACAUAACCGACAUCCAUUCAACCCCAGGGGCUUGGAUCCCCAAUGAGGAAGAUAGGGCUUCUGUUGCUGAACUUUGAACCGUCUUUCUUGAGCUCGACUAUUUCAGGGCCCGCAAAAGUAGCUCGCACAGUAUCGAUGCUCUCACACUCCAAGGUAGCGCAGAUUAAAUGCGGAGGCUUCGACCCAUCGGGGUUGCUGCUGAACUUCGUUACCUGCCAACCCUUUAACCCAUACUUGGUCUCCAGGCUUUCUCCACCAGAGGCAUAUGUGUGUUCACGUAGUAGCUUUCAUCGAAAGAGAUGUUGGGCUCAUUUGGAUACAGGGCGAGGGUAGUGGCUGGCAUGCUGAUAUGAUAUGCGGACCUUAUAGCUAGCGUUGGGUAAAAAGAGAAAUGUUGUUUCCCCAGCAUCUAUAGCCAUAUGGCAUUUUAAUCUACGGUUUUUGUUAGGAUUUUGUCUACUAUCGAGCCUACAGGAGGGAACGGACAUAUUGCUCGAUGUCCCAGUGAAAAUGCCAACUAGUCAGAUUCCUAAGCCGUAAGGCCGUGCUAAGAUUUAGUGGAUUGGUGUACACAGGUCACGGCAACUCUUCGGAAGGGUCGCGUUGACCCUUAGGUAUCCCCUACACGUGACUGUCUUGGGGGCGAAACGCCCAGUGUCUGAAUCGAAACAAGCAGGCACUCUAAUUGCAGAUACCAUGGUCCUUUAAGUAGCAAUAUCAAGAGCUCCAAUGUUUAGACCCUUUACCGGUGUUGCAUUCUUAUUGCCCUAGGAAAAACAACGAAU